AGAGAGGUUUCAGAUCAUUCAUUCAUCUUUCUAUAUAUACACAUGACAUUACCCAUUCUUUCUAUCAUCAACCAACAAAUUACAAGCAAUAUUCCAAUAACUUAAAAUCAUUUCAUACAUUUUCAGAAGGUUCAAAAUAAUUUGAUCUUUCACACAAAAGAAAUAGAAAUGGCUUUACUGAGAAGUAUGUUGAGUGCAAAGAAGAUUCUUGGCCGCUCCGUAACAGUAGCAGCCGCAACAAGCAAAAGGGCAGCCUCGGCCGCACCAAAAGGGUUUCUUGCAGUGUACGUAGGAGAGAGCCAGAAGAAGAGAUAUGUGGUGCCGAUCUCAUACUUGAACCAGCCUUCAUUUCAAGCUCUUCUCAGUAAAUCCGAGGAAGAGUUUGGAUUUGAUCAUCCAAUGGGUGGCUUGACGAUCCCUUGCCCUGAAGAUACUUUCAUCAAUGUUACUUCUCGGCUUCAAUGAUGAUUAUUCACCAUUUUGUUCUUAGAAUUAGAGUUAGACUUGUUCAUUGUAUUAUAGAUGAAUUUUUCGAAAAGGUUAUAAAUAGAAUAUUCCGUUUUCAUGCAA